CUUGUAACAGACUAGACAACGCGGCAUUGCUUUGAUUACCGCAGUAGAAAGACAAUUUUCAAACAGCAUCUUGCAUCAUCAGCAUCCAUCAUGGUUGACACGGAGACAAUUAAUGAAAAUGAGCGCUGGGCUGGGGUUUACAAGCUUCUUGAUAGGAAUAGUCUGAUUCACCCUGAAUUUGAGCCUCAGGAAGAGAUUAAGGAAUUCAUCAAAAGCUGCAAGAUUCUGGUUAUUGGUGCUGGAGGCCUUGGUUGUGAAAUCCUGAAGAACCUGGCUCUAUCUGGAUUCUGUGAUAUUCAUGUCAUUGAUAUGGACACAAUCGAUGUCUCAAACUUGAAUCGCCAGUUUCUCUUUCGACGCGCAGAUGUGGGGAAGCCCAAAGCUGUUACAGCAGCUGCCUUUGUUAAUAAACGAGUUCAGGGUGUAACUGUCACACCUCAUUACUGCAAAAUUCAAGACAAGGACGAGAAUUUUUACCAAGAGUUUGCUCUCAUUAUUUGUGGCCUUGAUUCUAUUGAAGCCAGGCGCUGGAUCAAUGCGACACUUGUGGGCAUGCGUGAUGAAGAUGACCCAGACACAAUCAAGCCGUUGAUUGAUGGCGGAACGGAAGGAUUUAAGGGUCAAGCCCGUGUUAUUCUCCCUGGGAUUACUUCUUGUUACGAAUGUUCCAUGGACAUGCUGAGCAAGCCCACAGGCUUCCCUCUUUGUACCAUCGCCAAUACACCUCGCCUGCCAGAACAUUGUAUCGAGUGGGCAUCUGUUCUGGAGUGGCCAAACAAGCAUGGAGACCGUAAGAUGGACACGGACGACCCAAAGGAUAUCCAAUGGUUGUAUGAAACAGCUCUUGCGCGUGCGAAGCAGUAUAAUAUCCAGGGCGUCACAUAUAGCUUGACGCAGGGUGUGGUCAAGAACAUUAUUCCGGCUAUUGCCGCAACCAACGCCAUUAUUGCUGCAUCAUGCUGCAACGAAGCUCUCAAGAUUGCGACAACUUGUGCAAAGAAUUUGAACAAUUACAUGAUGUACAGUGGAAAUGAUAGCGUUUAUACUUAUACCUUCGAGCACCAGCGUAAGGAGGACUGUCCUGUGUGCAGUAAUUCUGCUACAAAACUCGACUUCAAAGGCGACAAGACCCUGGAGGAAUUCAUGGAUUAUCUUAAGGAGAAGCCAGACAUACAACUGAAAAAACCAAGCUUCACACUUGGAGGCAAACUUUUGUAUAUGCAAGCGCCUAAGCAAUUGGAAGAGACAACACGACCUAAUCUCGCCAAACCUCUCAAGGAACUAUUUGCUAGUGGAGACGAAAUCACCAUUACAGACGCAACUCUUCCUUUCAGUCUGCAAGCCAUUGUCUCAUUCUUGUAAAAAAAAAAAGGAUAUUGCAGUCAGUCUAAAUAAGUAGAAAAAUAAAACAUGUAAAGCGCAUUUACUGCUCCUUAGAAGGAAAGCAAAUGCAAACGCAC